UUUCGGUUACUGAGAUCAAUAUCUUAACGAUUUGGACCAAACCUAUCCCUGCACACGCACCGUGCUUCAUUGGGCGUUUCCUUGAAUUGUGGAUUAUUGAGCUCCGGUUGGAGCACCAGAUGGCUGAGGAAUCCUUCGAUAGUGGUGUAUCAAGUGAACACUCUCAGUAUACAAUCGAACACAAAUCCUGUCCUGAUACCGUACAGAAGCAUAACGAUUUAUGUGCGGACAUUUGGAGCCCGACAUCCUGCGGUCACAACGGCGAAGGAUAUUAUGGGCCUAAGCCAGCCCCGUACUGCUCACACAUUCAUUCAGACUCAAGUCUUGACCACGUUAAAAGAUCCUGUCUCAAACGAAACUAUCGACAACGGAGUAAACCCCUACUACGUUCUGAUCAAUUGGCUUCGGACACGGAGCCAGUCGGGUCCGUGCACUCGAACCCAGUCCAAUUUAUUCGACGUAAGGCGAAAGCGCCUGGUGCCCAGAUUCAAGUAUUUUCGGACUUGGCUUCUAUCAAGACUAUGUCCUCAAACCCCAGGGAUUAUCCCAAUGGCUCAAUUGGCCCGCAACGUUCAUCUGUAUAUCCAGAGAUUGCGGGAUCUCGUGGAAUGGAAAGUCGUGUUGUACACUUUGCCCGUGAACAAAGAGAUGUAGGUGAAAAGGCUGUAUGUGAGCGGUCUUUGCUACCGGAUAUCACGUUGGAUGAACGGAUUCGCUUGACCGAUUCAAGAAGCCGAACAUCUCUCCCAGAAUAUUCCCGCCCCCCACUAAUUCGAAAUUACUCGGCCCGAGAUUAUGUCUAUCUCCCAUCCCUGCAACAAAAUCAAAUGGCUUCAUCCGUCCCCGUUCUCAGUCGGCAACAAACGUUACGUUCGCUGUUGGCAAACCAGUUAGAUGAACAUUCUGAAGUUCUUCCCAGUGAACCGAGUAUAGAAAACCGCCCUCGGGAUUCCACAUACUCUGCACACGUCCAAGUACAACCAACGUCUGAGGUUGCAUCCGGACGUACUGUGCUGGAUCGUAUAACGAGUGAUAUGUCCUCUGUCACUCUUGGAACUGAUCAGGAAAGACAGCAGCUACUCUCUGCCUUACUUUCGGCAUCCAAACCGACUACCUCAUCAAGCUCCCAAACAUCGGUUUUACAAAGCCUACUUCAGCGAGUCAAUCCCCAGUCUGGGGUAGGCACAUCACGGCCGCCGGCAGGUCAGACAUCUUCAUCUAUGCCUGGCCAAGCGUUUGCCCAAGGUCAAAUGAAAAUCCAGGCUAGUGGAUCAGCCGAGGAUUACGCAAACUAUCAGAGUUUAGAUGCAAUACUGGGGCAAAUGCACGCACAGCCUCCUCCACCUGCCCCGUGUCAGCCUAUGGAUUUCCGCCCUCUUACAG